CGCGGUGUAACCCGUGGAAGGCAGUGUAAAGUCUCCAGGCUCAGAAGUCCUGCAGCCCAGGCGGGACCUCCCGGGGAAAAGAGAGGCGAAGGACGACUCUUUUUUUCUCCUAAGUGACGGAAGAGCACCGAGCAUUGGCGGGCCCUCCCUGUGACCUUCCGGGGCUGGCUGUUGGAGGAGCUGUGGCCCGCGUUCUGGUGGCCGGACCGGGGCCACCUCUACCGGUGCUGACCCGGCAGACCGAGUUCGCCAUCCACGUCGAUCCUGGCCUUCGCUGGCACAGCGCCAGCUCCCUCAGGUACAGGAAGCACCUGGAAGGAGGCCUCCUUCAGCAAAACCAGAGAUGGCAUCAGUGGACUUCAAGACUUACGUGGAUCAGGCCUGCAGGGCUGCUGAGGAGUUUGUCAACGUCUACUACACCACCAUGGAUAAGCGGAGGCGUCUGCUGUCCCGCCUAUACAUGGGCACAGCCACCCUGGUGUGGAACGGAAAUGCUGUUUCAGGGCAAGAGUCCUUGAGUGAGUUUUUUGAAAUGUUGCCUUCCAGUGAGUUCCAAAUUAAUGUGGUUGACUGCCAGCCUGUACAUGAUGAAGCCACCCCAAGCCAGACCACAGUCCUUGUUGUGAUCUGUGGAACAGUGAAGUUUGAAGGCAACAAACAACGGGACUUCAACCAGAACUUCCUCCUGACUGCCCAGGCUUCACCCAGUAAUACAGUGUGGAAGAUAGCAAGUGACUGCUUCCGGUUCCAGGACUGGGCCAGCUAAUAGAGUUAGAAAGGCCUCUGCUUCAGCUCCACCUCUGGAGGGAAAUGCAGAUCUCAAAAUGUGGGUACACAAUGUCUUUUCUGUUGUUGUAAGAUACACUACGCAGGCUGAACUCUGCAUUUGUUUCAGUCCAAGGAGCCUCUUUCUGAGUAUAUUUGUUUGUCAUCGUUGCCUUUUCAUAGUAGUAAAACCUUCUAUUUUUCUACUUGUCCAGUAGACACUCUGGUUCUGGAAAUUCUGACAAAUAAAACAAUUACAGAUGUUCA